AAUAUAAAGACUUUGGUGGUGCGCGCGCAACUCCCCGCUUUUUUUCGCUUACUUAGAGGCUUUAUAAAUGACGUCACUGGAGUAGGUCGCGACACAUAGUUGACAACUGCAUUCACAAGUCGAGGAUCAGCCGACUUCCGUCUUUUCAAUCAGAUUGAAAGUGAGACAGUGAAUUUUUCAAAAAUGACAGAAACUAUAGAGCAAAUGUCCAAAUCGGACACUCUAAAACUUCGAAAUAGACAUAUUGGAGAAUCGUGUACACUUUUUUAUCGAUCCAAUCCCUUGAAGAUUGUUAAGGGUGAGGGGCAAUAUUUAUACGAUGAAAAAGGCGAACGUCAUCUCGACUGCAUCAACAAUGUUGCCCACGUUGGCCAUUGCCAUCCUGAUGUGGUGGAGGCGGGACAAAAACAAAUGGCCUUAUUGUCCACAAAUAAUCGUUUUCUACAUGAUGAUUUAGUAAUUUGUGCCAAAAGAUUGACAUCAUCUCUUCCAGAACAGCUGUCUGUUUGCUAUCUCGUCAAUUCAGGAAGUGAAGCUAAUGAUUUGGCCCUUCGACUUGCACACACACACAAUGGAAAUAAGGACAUUAUUGUCUUAGACCAUGCUUACCAUGGACAUUUAACAUCCAUGAUUGACAUCUCACCGUACAAGUUCAAUCAACCGAAGGGAAUUGGAAAAAAAGAUCACAUUCACGUGGCACCAUGUCCAGAUGUAUACCGUGGAAAAUAUCGUGACGUCGACUAUCCUGGCGAGGAUCUUGGUCUGAAGUACGCGAAUGACGUGAGAAAAAUUUGUAAGGAUGUGAAAGAAAAAGGACGAGGGAUUUCAGCUUUCAUUGCCGAGAGUCUUAUGUCCGUCGGUGGACAAAUUCUACCACCUAAAAAUUACUAUAGAAACGUCUACAGACAUGUUCGAGAAGCUGGUGGCGUUUGCAUUGCUGAUGAAGUGCAAGUUGGAUUCGGGAGGGUUGGAACUCAUAUGUGGGCUUUCCAGCUUUAUGGUGAAGACAUAAUUCCAGAUAUAGUCACUGUCGGAAAACCCAUGGGUAACGGACAUCCCGUUGCAGCAGUAAUCACUACAAGGGAAAUUGCUCGAAGUUUCGCUGAUACUGGAAUUGAAUAUUUUAACACGUAUGGAGGGAAUCCAGUUUCGUGUGCAAUUGCCAAUGCAGUAAUGGACGUGAUUGAAAAGGAAAAUCUUCAGAAGCGUGCACUGGCGGUGGGCAAUUAUCUUCUUCAAGAACUGAAGAAACUGCAAAAACGUCAUCCUAUUAUUGGUGAUGUUCGUGGAGCGGGAUUAUUCGUGGGAAUUGAAUUAGUUAAGGACAGAGUGAAAAGGACACCAGCAACUGCUGAGGCUAAGCGAAUAGUAAUGAGACUGAAGGAGGAAAAAAUUCUCAUCAGCAGCGAUGGUCCCGAUGUUAAUAUUUUAAAAAUUAAACCACCAUUGGUUUUUAAUAACGAAAAUGUUGAUCAUUUACUCACUGUAUUAGAUGAAAUUCUCAAGGAAAUUGAAAUCGAAGAUGAGGAGGUCGCGGAGCAAAGGGUCAAUAUUCGCAAAGCAGUGAUAAAGCCAGUGAAAAUUGAAGGAGAUGGAGUUUCCAAUAAAGUAAAACCAGUUCUUGUACGAGCGAGUUAAUUUUUUUAAUUUUUAAUUUUAGUAUUUUAUUGAUAUUCUAUGUUUGUGUAUGUGUAUGAAAGAGAAGAGUAAAUGUGAUGAUUAAAAUUUAUCAUUUUUUGUAAAUAUGCAUGAAUGCGAUAACAUUUCUCAAUAUUAAUUUCCAGUAAUAUAAAUAAAGUAUAGAUAUAAUUAUAUAUAUUGUAUGUCAAUAGUUGAAAUUUCUGAAUAAAAAUCAUACGAAUUGUA